AUGACGGCCAAACCAUCGAAAGAGUCCCAGAACGCGGGCAAUCCCAAUCAGACACUAUUUCUCAAGAACCUACAAGAGAAGGUCAACAAGAACGAGCUGAAACGCGCCCUGUACAUGCUCUUCUCCACCUAUGGUCCUGUCCUUGACAUCGUCACGAAUCGUAUUGGAUCGAAAGGGCAGAGUAUGCGAGGACAGGCCCAUGUUGUCUUCCGUGACAUACAGACGAGUACACAAGCCAUGCGAGCUCUACAAGGUUUUGAUCUCUUCGGCAGGGAAAUGGUUAUUGUCUAUGCAAAGGGCCAAUCGCACAUAAUCCCGAAGCUUCGUGGCACUUUUGAACCUCCAACCGCCGCUGCAACCGCUGCUUCUGACGCCACAGCUCUACAGAAUUCCAUAUUCAAUGCUCCACCGAGUGGAAUUUCUAGCAAGCCCACCGAGACUGGAGUUAAACCAGCUGGAACAAGUCCCGACGGUGUCCCGCACGGCACGAAGAGACCAAGAGAGGAGGAGGAGGAGGAGAGCGAAGUGGAAAUGGAAGAAGACGAGGAUGACGCGCCGAUGGAGGAAGAUGAGGAUGACUAA